CUUCUCCUGCUUAAUGCUGUUGCCGGAGCGACGCGGGAGCGGUGACUGUGAUGGCGGAUUCAAGAAUAUCCAUUAAAGAUAAGGCCAAAUAUGCCCUGAAGGCACAUGAUAUAGGAAAUAAAUACUCAGACUUGGCCCUUCCCAGAGCUUCAGUGCUUGUGCCUCUGUUGGUAAAAAACAAUGAGCUUCAUGUACUGCUCACAGUCAGAUCCAUGCAGUUACACAGCAACCAAGGGGAGGUUUGCUUCCCUGGCGGGAAACACGAUUCGAAAGACAGAAGUGACAUAGAUACAGCCCUCCGCGAGGCUCAUGAAGAAAUCGGCCUUCCUCCAGUUCAGGUGGAAGUUAUCUGCAAGAUGGUCCCAAUAAUCAACAAGGAUGACAUUUUGGUGACACCAGUGGUAGCAUUUAUCUCAGAUACAUUCCAGCCACGUCCCAAUGCCAAUGAAGUGAGUGACGUGUUUAUCGUCCCAAUGCGCCACUUCUUAAAGUCAGAAGAACACACCUCAACACCUUACGAAACGGGAAUGUUGGUGCACUUCUUCACGUUUAAAGACCGGCAGACGCUAAAGUCAUUCACUGUAUGGGGUCUCACUGCACAAAUCUGUAUCAUCGUCGGCUAUUUAGCCCUGGGCCAGAACCCUUCGUUCAAGGUUGAUUUUGACCUUGAUAACCCAUCCAUAAGUAUGGAUAAAUGUCUAUUGACAAAAUAUGCCACUAGUAAGCUAUGAGCGGUUCUGGUAUGUUUCGUUUAUUCUGACUUCAGUGGGUUAAUAUUUUUAAGAGAUUCUUUUGUUGCCCAUCACUAGGCACUCUAAUUAUUUAAUUCAACAUCACAUUUCUGUACUAUCAUCUCAAUUUCUGCUUCUUUUAGUUUAAAAUGUGUCUUUCUGUGUUGGUGGUGUGCUAUAAACCAACAACUAAUUAAAUCGAAUAUUUGGAGAUGUUACCACAGUGGUUUAGGAUCCUUUAUAAUACACUGUAUAUUGAUAUGAACCCCAAGGAAAAUCUUGUUUAAUCAAAUAUGUAUGUUACACAAUGGAAUGGCAUGCAGCAAAAUGAAAAUAAAUAUUUUAUUUACUUAAAAUAUACUCGAACAAACUAUCACA